UCUGCACACACUUCGAGCCAACUGAGGACUCGGCGAGUACUCAGUACUCGGCUCUCGGCUCGUUUUGUAUUUCUAUUUUUCAAUUUUUUUCUCACCGAUCAAACCUACCGAAUAAUUUUUAUUGUGCGUAAUAACGAAUGAACAAGUUUUUAAAUUACAUAUUCAAUAAUGUUACGGUAGUUAGUAAACUAUCGCAGUAAAUAUCUUGAAAAAUGCAAAUCUAGAUCAAAAAGAAAAAUAAACAAUUACCAUUUUUGAAAUAGCGCACAAAGGCAAACACCAGAACAAACAAGAUGGGGUUUUUGGAGUCUAUGAAACAGUCGGCUGUUUUUCAUCUGAUGUUCGCCAUAACUUUCUUCACUUCGGGAUUGAUUAUAAAUUUGUUCCAGGCCAUUUUGUAUGUGGCAGUAAAACCCUUCUCAAAGUACCUCUAUCGCAAGAUUAAUUAUUACUUGUGCUAUUCAUUCUACAGCCAGCUAGUCUUUAUGGCUGAAUGGUGGUCAGGUACAGAACUUGUAGUUUAUGCGCACAAAGAUGAAUUUGACAAAUACUACGGUAACGAGCACGGAUAUCUUCUGAUGAAUCAUAGCUACGAAAUUGAUUGGUUGAUGGGAUGGAUUUUCUGCGAUCGAAUUAGAAUGUUAGGGAACUGCAAAGCUUACGCGAAAAAAUCGAUCAAAUAUAUUCCUACCCUCGGCUGGGCAUGGAAAUUCGCUGAAAGUGUAUUUCUCGAGAGAAGUUGGGAAAAAGAUAAAGAAAUAAUCGGCGAACAGAUUCGAGAAUUGGCUGAAUAUCCCGAUACUAUGUGGCUAUUAUUGUACGCAGAGGGGACUCGAUUCACAGCUGAGAAACACGAAGCUAGUCAAGAAUUUGCAAAAAAAAAAGGCUUGCCUUUGCUAAAGCACCAUUUGACACCCCGCACAAAAGGCUUUACAGCGAGUAUACCACAUUUGAGAGGCAAAGUCGAAGCUAUAUAUGACAUACAGAUCGCUUUCAAACCGAGCGAUCCUGUCAAACCAACAAUGACGAAUUUACUCUACGGUAAAAAAGUCGAAGCGCACAUGUAUUUCCAACGAAUCCCACUUUCGGAAGUACCCGAUGGUGAAGAAGCAGCAGCCGCAUGGUUACACCAGAUAUAUCAACAAAAGGAUCGAUUGGCCGAAAGUUUCAUGCAGACCGGAGAUUUCUUCGCGACGAGCGGUGUGCCAAGAACUGAUACUUUCAAGCUGCAGAGACGAUAUUAUUCUUUAAUAAAUACAAUAUUUUGGGCCGUAAUCGUACUCGUCCCUAUGCUGUAUUACAUCGUACAAUUAUUUUUGUCCGGUUCGACUGUUUAUUUUUCGAUCGGAGUAGGCAUUAUACUUCUAUUUUUCUUGAUGAUGCACAAAACGAUCGGCAUGUCCGAGAUAAGCAAGAGCUCAUCGUACGGAGCUGCCGAUGUGAAAAAGGAUAAGUAAGUGAUGAAAUUGAAGCGACAAGAUGAAAAUACAAAACGUACAAGGGGAAGAAAAAAUAUUUGUGAGUGUAUGAAAGAGGGAGCGAGAGAGAGAACUGUGUCGAUGUUUGAAACGCAUCUGUAAAUUCUUUCGGUAUAAACGUAUAACGAUGGAAAUCCCGAUAAUUGACUGUCAAAACUGACACUGGUGAAGAUAUUCAUUUUAAUUAUAAAAAAAGAAGAAAGAAAUAAAAAAAAUUGAACAAACUCGCAGAAAAUGAUUUACGUUUUCACGUGAGAGAUGUAUGACUUUGAAUAUUUUUUGCAUCUAGAUUAACCAAACAAGAAUGAAUGCAGCGAUGAAACUUAUUGAGUCACGAAUGAUCAAUCAUUUCAACCUACAAACACUUAAACUUUUACUAUAUUCUAUGGACUUUCAACGAUUAUAUUUUCAAAUUUCUCGAUCUAAUAAAUUUUACGUACUCCGCGUAAAAAUCACCGAAUGAAGGAUAGAAAAUCGUUUAGCAGUAAUCAAUCAUAGAGUUUUGUGACCACUAGUUCAUCGCUACUUUCUGUAUUUUAUUAAUAUAUCGAUUUGAUAUUAUAUAAGAUUUAUAAAAAUGUUUUUUUCUUUUGUUUUCACAUUUAUUUCGUAUCAAUAGCAAUUGUUAUUGUUGAAUAAACGGCCAAUUAAUCCCACAA